UUGGUUUGGAACCCCGUUUCUGUACUUAACAAUAUCAUUAAAAAAGCGACAAAAAAGAAGCGCGCGCGCUCCGAAAUCUUGCUUUGUUUUGUUCUUGGCUUGUCGCUCCUGCCACCCUCAUUCCUUAUCUUUUUAUCAGUCUUUCUGGCCUUCUUCCCUGCAAAUGGAAGUGGACGGAAAUCGAAGAAGAUUCGUUAGAGUGGUGGUGUUUUGUGAUUAAGAUUUUGUUGGUGGUGAUUGGAAUCGCGAGAUGGGUAACAAGAUUGGAAGGAAAAAGAUAGGAGUGGCAGAGGAGUACACCAAGCCUCGAGGGAUCCAUCACCAACCAUGCAAUGUUGAUUACAAGAAAUUGAGAAGGCUAAUCCGUGCUGGGAAGCUUGCACCUUGCUUUCCGGGACAGGAUGAGCAGUCACCCGAUCUUGAUGAGUGCCCAAUCUGCUUCUACUAUUUCCCUAGCUUGAAUAGAUCAAGAUGUUGCUCCAAAAGUAUCUGCACAGAGUGUUUUUUGCAGAUGAAACCUCAAGAUGCAACACGUCCUGCACAGUGCCCAUUCUGCAAAUCUAGCGGUUAUGCUGUUAAGUAUCAUGGUGCAAGGACCCAGGAAGAAAGGAGCCGUGAAAUCAUUGAAGAGCAAAAAGUAAUCGAGGCAAAAAUCAGGAUGCAAUUUCAGGAUCAACAAGAUUUACAGCAUCAGGCUCCAACUUCUUCUGAAGCUGAUAUGAGCUUGGAGCGACCUGUAAUAAGGGAAUUAGCUGAUCCUCUGUUUGUGACAUUUUCAACAGAGGACACUCAAGCAGCUAUCCCUGCCUCAAGCCCGCACUCCCCUGUAAAUAGAGAAUUUGGUGCUGAUCCUGAAGAAAUAAUGUUAAGGGAAGCUAUCUGGCUUUCACUCCAGGAGCAUCCCUUGUCGGUUUGUGCAUCUCAGAAAUCUGGUUCAUGCAGCAAUAAUGGCUUGGGAGAAUUUAUUCAGAGACCAAAUUGGACAAGGCUAAAUUUGACAGAUGGAAACCAAGGACAAGUUCCACAGGAGAUGUUAGUCUCUGAUGAGGAUGCAUGUGGUACUGCAACAGCAAGUGAUCAUGACAAAGUACAACAUGAAACUCUUUCGUGUAACCUACAAACCCUCAAUGGAACUGUAAAAGACCUUUCAAAAAUUAAAGAUGGUUAUGUGGACCCCGGGAAAAGUUCAAAUUCAACUGGUAACGGUAUUGUCGGCCCUGGAAUUUUAGAAAUUAAGAAAUGUUCGGGUGGAGCUCUGAUAGAUGAAAGUCCAAUGCUAGAUUCUUCAGAGGACACAUGUAUCACUUUAUGGAGCCAUCGUUCAAUGUCUAACUCAGAUUCAUCUUCAUCAAGCUUGAAUUGUAAUCGGGACCAUUGUUUUAUAGAUCAUGAUUUGGUUCAGCAUCAUGGCCUACAGUCAGUUCUUUGUAACAGUCAAAACACAGAUGUGAAGACCACCAAAGUGGACGCACUCUGUGGGACCUGUAAUUGUGAUGGAUUACAGAACUAUCCAUCUUUGGUGGAUGAGAGUGAGACCUCUUCUACUCUUGCUGAGACAGACCAACUCCUAGAAUGCUCAGAGGCAUUGAGUUAAUUAGUGCAUGAAACCAUUACAAGCUGGCAUGUUUUCAGAUCACGAUAUCACGUUGUAUGUGCUUUUAGGCUGUUGUGGAUGAUGAAUUGUGAUGAAGAGGCUUUCAGAGUCUGUUUUAAAAAAUUUGGACGGGGCUUUUGUACGAGUCUUUCUGUUCAAGAGCAGUUUUUUGGAUUAUUUCUUUGGCAGGAGAAUCUUCCAAGCAGGGUCUGUUACUUCGAGCAGAUAAUUAAAUAAAAUUUUGAGUAUACCUUAUUUGACCACUUUCAUGACUUGAUGUAUGUCAUGCUACUGGUCGACUAUGUACAAGGUUUAAACGGAUUGCUGUUGAGUACUACAGGCUGCUCUUCUUCGUCUGACCUGCAAAUAUGUGCUCGUGCCCAUGGCUACCAAGUCAUGCUUCUGAGAAUCUUGGUGCAGGUGAAUCUUGUAAUACCUUACGAAUUGUUUGAUGGCCUAGAUUUUUUCUGGAUCAUUCUUCACAUAUACAGCAGGUGUAAGAUUUAAGGAAAAUAGUCGGGACUCCCAAAAGGCCAACCUUUUUCUCCCGAAAUGUAAGAGUACAUUGUCACACCUGUGUUUUGAUUUCAAGGGUCUAAUUUUUGGCUCAUGCAGUGCAACCUGAAUUUUGAAUUAUUUUUCAUGCCUCCUCGGAGACUGGUGGUUCUUGGAAAAGAGAUCAACAGAGAUGCCUUAUACAUAAAAAUAUGUAAAAAUAAGAACUACAAUGUAAAUAGCAGAAAAAUCAGAAAUUUUCCCUGUA